AUGCGAAGGUACGUCUUCGUGACCCGUCGGCCUGAUUGGCUUGGAAGAAAGCCUUCCCGUGGUGAUGCUGACCCCGCCUCGGAGAACUCGCCCUCUUUCACACAUACACACCCACAACCCUUCACUCCAAAUGAAAGUGAACUCAACAAUCUUCUCAAUCGGCCCACCGCCCUAAAAGAUACCUUCUCUGCACGACCGUACCGUCAAGGUUAG